AUGGAUCAUUACAUCGAGCAAAAAUCAACUGCUGUCAUCCAUGAGGAUGUCAGGUCAAAGACAGAUGUGGAACGACCAGUGGUCAGGGAAAACCUCCCCGACGGAUACUAUCCGCAGACGGACGAGGAGAGACGCAUGAGCCGUGCACUGAACCGAAAGUUGGACUUUAUUCUGCUUCCAUCGCUUUCCCUGCUGUACAUGUUCAACGGCCUGGAUCGAGGCAAUAUUGGCAAUGCUAAAACUCAAGGUGGGGAGUCCCCAUCAAGAUUCUUUGUUUUGAGCGCAUCCCUUUCCCCCAUCUGCCUCGUAUUUAAUCAGGAGACGAAUACUUAUAGAAUGCUGCUCCCAGGCUUCGCAAAAGACAUCGGUGCAACUAGCAAUGACGUCAAUGAUGCAGUAUCACUAUUCUUUAUCACGUUUGUCAUAUUUCAACCCAUUUCUGCAGCCGCUGGAAGGCUUCUCGGCCCCAAGUACUGGAUGCCUUUCCUCAUGGCUGGCUGGGGAGCCCUGACUUUGGCCAACGCUUUCAUUCAUGGUCGAGGCCAGCUAAUCGCUAUCCGACUCUUGAUCGGCGUGUUCGAGGCCGGGUUCUAUCCAAGUGUGCUCUUCUAUUUGUCUACUUUUUACCCUCGGUUUGAUCUAGCGACUCGCAUUGGUAUCUUCUACGGCCAAUACGCUAUUGCCGGCGCCUUCUCUGGUGCAAUAUCAUACGGCGUCUUCAAACUCAAGGGCAACCUCCAUAAUUGGCAAUAUUUGUUCAUCAUCGAGGGCUCGAUGACCAUUCUUGUCGCCCUCAUUGCUCUUCUUGUGCUACCCAAGCAGCCCGGAUCCGCUUGGUUUCUCAGUCAAGAGGAGAAUAAAUUCGCCGCUGAACGGAUGCGCAUCGACAACGAGAGAUAUGUCCUGAGCGAGUACGGAGCGACCCAUACCGAGGGGUUCUCACAGCGAUUGACUAUGCGGGAUGUCAUCGAGACGGCAAAGGAUUGGAAACUUUGGACUGUUUUGAUUUGCAACAUCUGCGCGAGUCUUCCGAGCCAAGCGUUUGGUAUCUUUCUUCCCGUCGUCGUGGAGGGAAUGGGGUUCAGCUCGAACCAGGCCAAUCUGAUGUCUGUACCUCCAUUUGUGUGCGGCGCCGUCGGUUUGUAUCUUACAACCUUUAGCUCCGAUCAUUUCAUGGAAAGAGGCUACCAUGCCAUUGCAGGGCUAGUAACCAGCCUGGUGGGUUUGAUCGUCGUCAUCACUGUGACUCAAAACAUCAGCCGCUAUGUGGCUCUGUGUAUCCUUCUCGCUGGCAGCUACAUCACCCCGUCUUUAACUAUGGCAUGGCUCAGCGGCAAUACUCCAGCACCCGGAAAACGUGCCCUGGUAAUUGGAGUGAACGGAUUCGGCAAUUUAGCAGGCGUGAUUGGCGCCCAGCUCUUCCGCUCAAAGUAUGGCCCGACAUACCUCGUUCCGCUCCAUGCAACACUCGGCUUCAUUGCAUUUGCUCUGCUUGGGUAUACGGCGUAUCGCUUCACACUUCGUGCUGUCAAUCACCAUCGGGCCCGCAAGACCUCGACAUGGUCGGAGCUGGACUUUGAAAAUGAGCGUGUUGAUGAGACUCGGCUGGGAGACAAGAAGUACACUUUCGUAUAUAGUCUUUGA